AUAAAAAUAAGUGUAUGAUGAAUGACUAAGAACGGAAAUUCCCCAGUUGCCCAGGUUUCUAUUUCUUUGUUUACAUUUUGCAAUAAAUCCACAAAAACAGGUUGUGGACUUUAUCUAAACCCACUCAUUAUUUACUCUGUCUGGUGCAUAGCCUGAACCACACAAACACACACACACACACACACACACACACACACACACACACACACAUUUGAUAUAAGGAGCAUUGAAAUAGUCAUAAGAGCAGAUGAAACAAGCAAGCCAAUGAAGGCAACAAAACAUGAAUGACAGCAAGACUUCAGUUUUAGAAAGAUGAGCACCUGGUUCCUCCUUCCUCUGUGUGUGCUGACCUGUUGUUGCAGCCGUAGCAAUGGCGCCCUCUCUUGCCCAGACAUGUGCACCUGCCAUUUCUCUUCCAGCGACACCAAGGUGGUCUGCAGUGACGACUCCCUCUCCCAGUUCCCCUCCGAUGGUCUCCCAGGCAACACCACCUCCUUGUCCAUCCAAUCCACCAACCUCAGCACGAUUACUGCCAACCACUUACAGGCCACGCCCCUUCUGAAAGAGCUCCAACUAUAUUACAACAACCUGAGCACACUUCCUUCAGAUCUCCUCAGAGCUGUCCCUCACCUGCACACGUUGGAUCUCACAGGGAACCACCUGCACUUCCUGCCAUCAUAUGUCUUCAGCCACGCUCCGCUGUGUAACCUGGUGCUGAAGAACAACCUGAUCAGCGGUGUGGAUGCUGAUUGGCUCCCUGACAACAGUAACCUCACCUGGCUGGACCUAUCAGGGAACCACUUGACGGCCGUACCCACAGCCCUGUUCCAGAAACUACGCCACCUGAAGAACCUUGACCUCUCCCAUAACCGCCUGGAGAAGCUCCUGGCGGGGGCACUGAAUCCUCUGAGCAGCCUAGAGAGGCUCAACCUGGAGGGGAACCAACUCAGCGCCCUGGACCCUUCCGCCUUCAGGAACACCCCAAACCUGACGCACCUCUUCCUCCAGGAGAACCAACUGGAGAGGCUUCCCCCGACUCUCCUCCAGGGGCUCCAUCGCCUCGAGUUCCUGUUUCUCAACUUCAACCGGCUUGGUCACAUCUCCAACACCCUGCUGGAGCAGCUCUCCUCCCCAUGGACAAGCAACCAUCUUUGGGUGGCCUUCAGCCAGAACCCCUGGGUGUGUGAUAAGAAGGUGGAGGACCUGUGGAAGUGGCUGCAGAAGAACCAGAAGAAAGCUUUCCUGGCCGAUGACAUCAGGUGUGCCAGCCCUGAGUCUCUGAAGGAACGAUCAGUUAUGUCACUAACUGACAGUGAGCUGGGACUCUGAUUUAUUUUAUAUUUUUCACUUAAACAAUAAGAUGGUGGGGGAGCUGUGAAGGUGUCUCAGUAUGACCCCGGGGAGAGUGUUCUUUCUGGAGGAGGUGAAAUGUGCCCUGGUUGUUAAGGACCAGCGGUUGUGUCUCAGACAGAGAAAGAUCUCGGCCUCAAAACUGACAAAUAAAACAGGCCCAUUCUUCAGGUAACAACUGCAAAUGAUUCUGUGUUAUGAUUGGCUAAAAGGUCUUUCUCUGUCUGUCUGUAUGUAUAUAAAUAUAUAUAUAUAUACUCACCUACAUACUCACACACACAUUUGAGACAAACACCUCUUGCAUUUCAAUUAAGGCUUCUGUAUAUUUGUGGAUACCCUUAGGACGGUCCACUGGCACUAGGUGGCAUCAUAUUCAAUGUUUUUGCACGAUAAACUCCCUAGUAGACUAUUGAGUGACCUGUCCUGAACAGUUGUUCUAAUGUAUAAUACAUGGUUGACAACAACUAUGCAUGAAUAGAAAAUGGACACCUUUGUGACAGGAUGUCUUUGUGACAGCUACUUUUCUACAGGUCAAUCAGCCUGGUGAAUCUAGUCUCUGUUGGUGGUAAUACUUUGUGGUUUCCCCUCUGCAUUGUCUCACUUGUAUAUGCACUUCAUUCUUCUUCUCCUGUUUUUUAAUGGCAUCAAUGGAGAGAGAGAGAGAGAGAGGUAGGGAGCGAGAGAGAGAGAGAGAGAGAGAGAGAGAGAGAGAGAGAAUCAGUGAGUUUGUCCUCUGUGGAUGUGGCACAGGCCUCUCUGUCCUCAGGAGGCCUUGAUCACAGUAAGUGAGGGACCCAAUAAUUUAUGACUCUUGUAAAGCAGCAGCCACGUCUCCAGAGGUGGUUACUAAUGAAAAUUAAACCCUGAUCAUAAAUAUUUGCUGAAGAGCGGAAGAAAACAUGGCUUCCUGAAACGGCAGCGGCCGUCGGAGUGUUUCCCCCCGGAGUGUUUCCCCCCGGAGCGUUUCCCCCCGGAGCGUUUCCCCCCGGAGCGUUUCCCCCCGGAGCGUUUCCCCCCGGAGCGUUUCCCCCGGAGCGUUUCCCCCCGGAGCGUUUCCCCCCGGAGCGUUUCCCCCCGGAGCGUUUCCCCCCGGAGCGUUUCCCCCCCGGAGCGUUUCCCCUCGGAGUGUUUCCCCCCGGAGUGUUUCCCCCCGGCAUCGUACAAUAGAGUUGGAUAGAGGGCGCCAAAGACCGUUUAAACAUGGACAGCGUAAUUGAGGGCUUUAACCAUUUUGAAGUAGCCAACUGGGUGGGACUUGCUAUGGGUUAAAGAAGGAUUAAAUAAUUCCAUCCAAAUCAGCAGGAGGUGUCAGCCAAUGAAUUAUACUCCUGAGUAAACAUUUCAUAAUUAAAUCACCAACUUUGACGUGUUCUGACUUUACACACUCCGGCACAGUAGGUGGUGGUACGCACCUAUGUUCUGCCAAGGCAAUCAUAGGAGAGGAAAUUAACCACUUUAAAAGAGAAAAAGCCCUCAAUAGCUGGUGGCAUCAGACAAAGACAAAGAUUGCAAAGAUAAGAGAUCUCUAGUGCAUCUUUAUGCGUCCUACGCUCGUUCUGCCCACGAACAGGUGACCUUUCUCUGAUCAGGAUGGACGAGACGGAGUGUGUGCUCUGGCAUCGGGCCGCACUGUAAUGGCUGACUGACAGUGAUAAAAAAAAGGUUAUUGACAGGGCUUUUAAAAGGUUAUUGACAGGGCUUUUAAAAGGUUAUUAACAUUGCUUUUAAAAGGUUAUUAACAGGGCUUUUAAACGGUUAUUAACAUUGCUUUUAAAAGGUUAUUAACAUUGCUUUUAAAAGGUUGUUAACAGGGCUUUUAAAAUGUUAUUAACAUUGCUUUUAAAAGGUUAUUAACAGGGCUUUUAAACGGUUAUUAACAGGGCUUUUAAAAGGUUAUUAACAGGGCUUUUAAACGGUUAUUAACAGGGCUUUUACAAUGUUAUUAACAGGGCUUUUAAAAGGUUAUUAACAGGACUUUUCAAAGGUUAUUGGCAGGGCUUUUACAAUGUUAUUAACAGGGCCUUUAAAAGAUUAUUGGCAGGUCUUUUAAAAGGUUAUUAACAGGGCUUUUAAUAGGUUAUUGGCAGGGUUUUUAAAAUGUUAUUGGCAGGUCUUUUAAAAUGUUAUUGGCCGGGCUUUUCAUGCACGCCAAACAAACAUGGUUCAUUACAAGAUGAAGAGUUAAAAUGUAAUUCAUCUUCCAAAUGAGGGUGAUGUGAUAUGAGUAUGACUAGUAAGUGCUCAAUAACUCUGCCUUGUAAAAUAAAUACUAAUAACAACUUCAUAUUCUACAUUUGAAAAACUGAAAUGUAUUUUUGCCAACCUAAAUAUUUCAGUCAAAAUCAUUUGGGUAGAGAAUGGCAUCUCAAUAAAAUGCUGUGAACGCUAAAGUGCUUUAUAGUAAUGAAAACAAGUUGUGGCUAAAAAUGCUUUAUGGAAUUGCUGUGAUUUACAGUGUUUGAUUGAAUAGAAAAUUGUGUUCAUCCAAAAUGGCACCCUAUCCCUAUAUAGUGCACUACUUUUCACCAGAGCCCUAUGGGCACUAUAAAGGGAACAAGGUGCCAUUUGGGACGCAUUAAAUAUUUGAUUGAUAUACA